AUGGGGAAAAAUGCCUCUCUCUCUGAUACAGGACGCACAUUGGGCUCAGGGGCUUUUGGGCGAGUGGUGGAAGCCAUAGCCCAUGGUAUGAGUCACACACAGUCCACGAUGAGGGUUGCUGUGAAAAUGCUCAAGUCUACUGCCAGAAGCAGCGAGAAGCAAGCACUGAUGUCGGAACUGAAGAUCAUGAGUCAUCUUGGGCCUCAUCUGAACAUUGUCAACUUGCUUGGAGCCUGCACCAAAGGAGGCCCUAUCUAUAUCAUAACGGAGUACUGCCGCUAUGGAGACCUGGUGGACUACCUACACAGGAACAAGCAUACUUUCCUACAGUACUGCAGUGAAAAAGCCAAGCAGGAAGUGGAGGUGUAUGGGAAUGCCCUCAAUGAGGACAGGGUGCAGAGCCAUACUUCCUUAUCUGUAGAAAGUGAUGGGGGCUACAUGGACAUGAGUAAGGAUGAGUCACUGGAUUAUGUGCCUAUGUCAAACAUGAAGGGUGAAAUCAAGUAUGUGGACAUUGAUUCCUCCAAUUAUGGUGCUACCUAUGAGCUGGACAGUUAUUCUCCAUCAGCUCCUGAAAAGGUGACUUUGAUAAAUGAGUCUCCCCUCCUCAGCUACACAGACCUUAUUGGAUUUAGCUUCCAAGUGGCCAAUGGAAUGGAGUUCUUAGCAUCCAAAAAUUGCGUGCAUCGGGACCUGGCUGCAAGAAAUGUGCUGAUCUGUGAGGGGAAGUUGGUAAAGAUCUGUGACUUUGGCCUAGCUAGAGAUAUCAUGCGGGAUUCAAAUUACAUCUCCAAAGGCAAUACCUUCUUGCCUUUGAAAUGGAUGGCACCUGAGAGCAUCUUUAACAACCUUUACACUACUUUGAGUGAUGUGUGGUCCUUUGGGAUCCUUCUCUGGGAAAUAUUUACUCUGGGUGGGACUCCGUACCCUGAAUUGCCCAUGAAUGAACAAUUCUAUAACGCCAUCAAACAUGGCUAUCGGAUGGCCAAGCCUACGCAUGCAUCUAAUGAGAUCUAUGAGAUCAUGCAGAAAUGCUGGGAAGAAAAAUUUGAAAUCCGACCUUCUUUCUCUCAUCUGGUGGUGCUCAUGGGAAAUCUGCUGGCAGACUCAUAUAAGAAGAAGUACCAACAAGUCAAUGAAGAAUUCUUGAAGAGUGACCAUCCUGCCGUUGUCCGCACAAGGCCAAGGAAUGUAGGACUCAACAAUUCCACGUUCAAUGCUAACUACACACCCAAUUUAGGUUCUGUCCUGUAUACAACUGUUGAACAGAAUGGAGUGGACAAUGAUUAUAUCAUUCCGCUGCCUGACCCUAAACCCGAAGGAGGCAGUGAUACACCACAGGAGGCUUCCAGCAGCCGGGCAAGCUCUACAUUGAAUGAAGCAAACACAUCGUCUACUAUAUCCUGUGACAGCCCACUGGUCCCACAGCAGGAAGAGGAACAGGCAUCAGAAAUGCAGAAAGACUGCUAG